AUUUGGUUCACAGAAACACGCAUUACCUACGAUCUCAAGGGAAGUGGUUGAACCUAAGGCCGUGCAAUUCCCUUACAAUCUCAACCUUUUUCUUCUCCUUUUUAUCUUUUUCAUUUACUCCUCUAUUGUUCUUUCUCCCAUGAUUUCUGGGAAGCUUUAUUCAUCCUCUUCACCAUCAUGCAUUUUCCCACCAACACCAACACCAACACCAACACCGACACCGACUGGCAAUCUCCAUCUUUCUUUUCUUAAAAUCUCUUCCACACUCAGAUUAAUCAGCUUUCAAUCCGUCUCCCUCUCUGUUCCAUCCUCCUUUGCUUCUAAAUCGAGUGCCAAGUCCACUAGAUUUUCGAAUUCUUUGGUCGAAGUUUAUAGCUACGAGGGCCAAAAUUCCAUUACUUUGUCGGAUUUGGACGACUUGUCCGAAAAUGGAGUUGUCUAUAAGAAAACACUGGCCAUGGUGGAGUGCUCCAUGUUCGCUGCACUUAAUGGCUUGGUCUACUUCUUGAGCAAUUCUCUUGCUCUUGAGAAUUACUUUGGCUGUUUCUUCUGUCUUCCAAUAGUAAUCUCUUCUAUGAGAUGGGGCAUAUCAGCUGGGAGAAAAACCAUGGUCUGUAGUUUUCCUGGACUCAAACAGGUGGCAACGUUCUUGCUGCUGCUGGUUUUGUCUGGUCCUGUGAAAGCUUUAACAUAUCUGCUUAGGCAUGGUUUAGUGGGGUUUACAAUGGGCUCCUUGUGGAGGCUUGGAGCAAAUUGGAGUACCUCAAUCUUUCUUUGCACAAUCGUUCGAGCAUUUGGAGCAGUGGGGUAUGUCUUAGUAUCUUCAUUCUUGAUAAGAGAGAACAUACUAUCUCUGAUCACUAUAAAUAUUCAUGCUUCCCUCACCCUUAUCUUUACUGCCUGGGGUGUGAACUUGAUCCCAUCAAUGAAUGCAAUAUAUGCUAUAUUUGGGACACUGGUAUUCCUGAACUGUGGAUGCUUCAUGUUUUUGCUUCAUCUUUUGUACUCCGUAUUUCUUACUAGACUUGGUUUGAAGACUUCAUUGACAUUACCACGGUGGCUGGAAAAGGCAAUGUAAACAUUCUGACAGGUUGGAGGUCCUUCCUGUUCCGAUCCUUUGUGUUCAAGCUUAGAGAGCUUUCAUGGAUACUUUGUAAAUAUAUUCCGCCUCUAUGUUUUCCAUUAGAAAAAUAAUGAUAGUAAAUAAAAAUCUCAGUUGGACUCUUCGGAGAAAUUCAUCCAAACUUGGUGAGAGAUGGGAGGUUUCUAAGGUUUCUUUUAAUAACCAUUUGAUUUUUCCAUAUCUUUCUCUUUCUCUUUUCUCUUUCUUUUUCUCUUGCGCCUCCAAUUUUUUGAAAUAUUUCAAAAUUGUUUGAUAUUCUUCUUGUGUUGAAUCUAGUGGCGUCAGACAAAACUACAAGUAAAAAGAUGUUAGAUAAUUAGUGAAAAACUAGCAACAAUAUUGAUAACCAACGAUAGAUUUCUAUUCCAAAUAGACAUGGAUAGACAUCUAUCAUUUUCUAUCUAGAUAGACAUGGAUAGAAAAUGCUGUUAAUUUACUUACAUCCUUAGAUUAAAAAAUGCUCAUGUUUAGAGUCCUCUAGUCAUUUGAAUCGAAACACUCCCAUGUCAAGAUUGUUGGGCCAUGAAUUUCAAGCUUCCUUCCAAACCCCACAUCUAAAUUGGAAAGUUUAGAGAUUGUCUCAAAAACCCAGUAGACUAAUGCUAGGGGAAAUCCUUGAAGGUGUAUAGCAUCCUUGUUGCUAUAUGAUGCUUUCUUGAAGAAUUGAUAUGUUAGGAUGUAGGACAAUCUUCCCCAUGGAUAGUCUUCGAAGGUUUGCUCAUGAUCCAAUAUGUUCAAAUAUUGGAGAUUAAUGUGGUAGCGUUGUUUGGGAAUUAAAAAUGCUUCUAAGAUAAAGAGAUUGACUAAUUUUUCUUUUAAUGAGUCUUCUUCAUUGUGUAGUUCUUUGAAAGUUCUCUAUAUAUCUUUUCUAGUUAUAAAGUCAUUGUGAGGGAAAACGACAUUUUUCAAACUAGUCUCGCUCUCCUAGAUUUAACUUUGGGAAUUUGUGCUCUUUUAAUCUAGUGACCCAACAUAAUUCUUUCUAUUCAAAUUUUGCUACAUGUCCAUUGAGGUUGAAAGCUAGAACAUUUGACUUUUUUGUAUGACGUUGCUUCCUUAUUAAAUAAUUCAGGAAUUGGGUUGAUAUUUUGACCAUUUUAAUGUUGAGGAAGUGUCCAAAAGGGCGAUUUAAAUUGUUUGGUCUAUUCUUGAUUUGAUUAGAUUCAAAGUUUCUAAACUGUAGUAUAUAGUUAUUAUAAGAUUUCUGUAUUCAUCUUCCAUAAUUAGGUAAUCUGAAUGGUAAAUCUUUUCCACAUGUCAAACACCAUCCAAAUGACUUAAUUAUAGAGAAGUACAAAAAUCUUUCAAUCACUAUAUACUACAGUUUAGAAACUUUGAAUCUAAAAAGAUAUAUUAAACAGUAUGUUAUAAACUAAGAGUUAGUGUUAACAGAUAGACAAAGAUAAAGUAAUAUACAGGUAGACAUAAACAAAGAUAGAGCACUAGAGAAAGAUAGACAAAUAUAGAUAAAUAUAGACAAAGAUAGAAAAAAUAAACCACUAUACAGAUAGACAUUGACAAAGAUGAACAAAUAUAGACAAAGAUAGAGCACUAGACAUAAAAAAAUAUAAAUAAAUAUAUACAAAUAUAAACAAAAAUAAGCACUAUACAGAUAGACAUUGACAUUAUUAUUCACUUUUUUUUCGUUCUUUAUUUGUUUUUCUUCUGCCUUUCCUUUUGAUUUGAUUGCUUUAGCUGGUUGAUGUUUGCUUUUUGCUCACUUUCUAUUAUGUCCAUGGUUGGUUAGUCCAUUAUUUUGGCAUGUAUUAUCCAUUUUCAAUAGAAGUUUGAGGUCCCAAUAUGGCUAACUUUUUCGACGAAGGCGAGUUUAUUUAUUUUGGAGAAUAUGAGGCAUGAGAACUGAUCCAUUAUGGUACAUGAAUUCAGUGGCACGCUAGCCUUCAAAACUAGAAUAAACAUGAACACAUGGCUAAUACCCAUGACUCAUCGUUUCUAUAGACUUCUUAUUUUGUAAGCAUGUGCUUCUGUUACUUGUCAUCCCACUGUGAAAGUUUUUCGAUCAUAACAUCAUACAGUCCGUAUCGAUUUAAACGAUAGUUUGGCUUUUACUAGGAUAUCUCUAAUGAUAUAAGAGGCAUGACACCUGCGAUCACAUUCGAUAAUAUAUUACAUCAGUGGAGGAUAUGUACGAGGUGCAACUUUUUGUCUGAGUUAUACUUGCUCGUCCUUUCAUUAGAGCCUUGCAAACAUGUGACGCAACAAUUUAAAAAUUGGUGGGCCACGAAGCACGAGACCUGUUUUGAGGUUAAUAGACACCAUUUGGUGAGCAAAGUCAUUCCUCCUUUAUUACAAUCCAAACUACCCAAGAACCGUAGAAGCAACCUAGGUGGUAAACAAAUUCGCUUAGUUGAGGUGAUGGCUUCUACCCUCGAGGGGAAGGUGAAGAAGCAUAAAGAUGAGAGCGAUAAUAGCAAAAGCGAUAGUUAUUGGAAGAGACCUUUGAAGAAAACAAAAGUAUCAGGUGAUGUUCUUAGCGGAAGGAACUGCUAUGGGAAUCCCUGAUGUUCCACCGCUGGUUUACACAUCUUCCUUUCUUAAUUUUUUUGUUCAUCUUCUUUGUGAGUGAUUUAUUCAUUGUUUAUUUCUGCAGUCACCUUUGAAUUAUCAUUUUGAAGGACUUAUAGAGCUAGGCAGUGAUGAAUCUUUGAUAAAGCCUCAUGCAGUUGAUUCGACCAUUGAGGAAGUUGGUAACUCAAAGACUUCAGUCACUAAACCAACUGAACGGUCCUUAUGUCCAUAUGCUCUUCUCGAGGAGUUUUGUUGAGGCAAGAUAAAAGUGGGCAGAAAGACAUUGAGAGUCCUCAAGCCAAAAGAGAUGUCUGCCCUAAAACACCUUUAUAGAAGGGUAGAUUGGCACGUGCUCCUUUUAAGAUUUUUGAGCCGUCUUUAGACACUUCUAAGAGACAGAUAGUAGGACACCUUGAGCCUUCUCAGUGGGUUGGUGAAAAGGUGAUUUCAAACUUCUUUUUGAAAACAACCUUAUGUAUGUGAGAGGAUAUUCAAGACAAGAUCAUGUGUACUCCUUUUGAAUAUAUCCUAAGACUUAGGCUAGAAAUAGCAACGAUUCUCUUAGGGAUUGCAAAGAUCCAUGCAGACGACCUGACUCCUCUUGAAGAGUAUCUGAAUAGCUACCUUAAGAAGGUAGACUGUUUCAACAAUGUAAAAUCUUCGUAUUCUGCAGAGCUGUUGUCAACAGAUAAAACUCGUCAAUUAGAUGAGAAGACAUCUGCCAUCAAGAAAACCUUAACUUUGACGGACUAACUACGAGGAGAUGCCAAAGUUAUUCAAGAGAGAGUUGCACAGUUAUCUUUUGAAAAGAAAGAACUGGAAAGCAUAUUUCAAAGCAUAAAUGUUGAGUUCGAACAACUGUCAAUCUUAUCUUGUGAGAAAAAUGAGGUCAUAGACAAGCAAGAACUAGAAGUUGCCUAGCUUCAGGACAAAGUUAACACCCUUGAAAGCACCUAUGCUAUUACUGAAGAGGCCAUCGAGGCCUUAUGUACGGUUCACAAGAGCAUGGAGGUUGCACGUGAAGAAUUCAAGAACUUCAAGUGGAAGCUUUGAUUUUGUCCUCUUUGUCCCUAUUUUUUUUGUUGCAAUCCUUGUAAAUGUAAGAGUUUUGUUGAAUGAUAAUGCAAUCUUUUUAUUCUA